UUUGAGAAAAACAACAAACACCUGAAGUUGACUAGAGACUUAAAGCAUGAUAUAUUGGAAAAGCUUGCAGCUUCCAUGUAUGGCUUCAAGGCUUAUCCAAGUGAUAGAGACAUCACAAUGGCAGCUGAGGCUCUUGUGGCCAAGCAUCCUUGCCUUCAGGAAGUAGGAUCGGAAACUGGAUGCAAUGGAUGGAAGAACAGCAUCAAGUUUAAAAUGGGCAACUACAGGACCAAGAUGAGACGGGCUGGAUGUCAGGAGGUCACUGUAAAUGCUGGAAAAAGAAGUAGAGGAAAUCCUGGCAAAGAACCUCCACACUCCAACAUAAAAAGACCCAAACGAGCAGAGGUCAACUUUCUACCCAACUUUCCGCAAGGUGAAGAUCCCUCAAGUCUUGAGCACUUGAGGCAGAAAAUUGAUGACGAAGUAAAGAAGACUGAGAAGAACCUACCCCUCAUUAGAAAGAUGAUGCAGACCACGUUUGCCCUGCGGCGACAGAACAUAGUGAAUAUGUAUACAGGCCCACCAGUAAAUGAGCUCAUGGACCUUUGGCCUGCUCUCAAAAUGGAGUCUGAGGUGUAUGCAGAAUUCCAACGGAUUACAAACCAGAACCUGCCCAACACAUUCUACACUGAGCUUGAUCGCCAUCUUCCUCGACUGAUGACCUUAUUCAGACAGAAGGCAUCCAAGACUGGGAAGACGGCAGAUGCUUUGGCUGAAAUGUUCAAAGUCCAUGAUGCCCAGGAAUUGCAUGACAUCCACACCACGCGUACCACUGUUCUCCAUGCCCUCCCUGUGUAUCUGCGUGAGGAAGUAUCUGGAUUUUUCAGAACCUGCACAGAAGAGUCCGUUGAGCCAGAGUUUGGAGGUGUUGCGUUGGCCCUCCUUACAGUCAUCAGUGACAAUGACACAAGCCCAGUUCACUACCAGCCUGUGAAAAUAUCUGUCGUCAUUGAAAAUGACAUUGUGGUCAGCCUCCCCAGACUUGCUGAUGCCUUCCUGGUAAUGUUUGGACUGAUAUAUGCACUACACCUCAGCUAUCCCAUGGGAUUGACCAACACUUUUGACUUCAUUCAGAAGAUUUUACUUGGUCUGGAAGAUGGUAAACUGUCGCCCAAGCUGCAGACUCUCAAGAAUGACUUGUUGAUGUAGAAAAGUAGCUUGAC